AUUUCGCGGUGGUUGUUGUGACCAAUAAUGUUUGAGGAUGUUGGAGUCAACAGCAGCAACACUUCCUGGUUUGAUGAAAGCGGUGAAGUCGUGAAGGAGUGAUGCUUCUCUUAAAACAGAAAAGAUAGCUGUGUUGUUUUUAGAGCUGUAAAGUGUUUCAUUGUAUUAUUUUGUUUUGUGAGAGUUUCGCAAUGGGUUUACUGACGAUAUUAAAGAAGCUGAAACAUAAGGAGCGAGAGAUGCGCCUGCUGAUGCUUGGGCUGGACAAUGCUGGAAAAACCACCAUACUGAAGAAGUUUAAUGGCGAGGAUGUCAGCACCAUUUCUCCCACAUUAGGAUUCAACAUAAAGACACUAGAACACAGAGGGUUCAAGUUGAACAUCUGGGAUGUGGGGGGUCAGAGGUCACUGCGGUCGUACUGGAGGAAUUAUUUUGAGAGCACAGAUGGACUGGUGUGGGUGGUGGACAGUGCAGACAGACUGAGACUGGAGGACUGCAGGAAGGAACUCGGUGCACUUUUACUGGAGGAGAGACUAGCAGGAGCCACCCUCCUAGUGUUCGCCAACAAACAGGAUUUGCCUGGUGCAUUGUCUAAGGAUGCCAUCAGAGAGGCGCUAGCUCUGGAUGAGAUUAAGACACAUCACUGGUGUAUAGUGGGCUGCAGUGCAGUGACUGGAGAGAACCUCCUGACAGGCGUAGACUGGCUCCUGGAUGACAUCGGUGCUCGCAUUUUUACAGCAGACUGAGAAAAGAGCCUUGUAUUUUAAUGUUGUGAUAUAACUGUAGAAACAGCAUCUUAUCUAUGGUUAUAACCCUGAGGAGGCAUCAUAACUAAUGCACCAGUGUGCAUGGUUAUAGUUGUUUUUUUUUUUCCUUUCAGAUCAGUAACAUUAACAGUGCAACACUCUUGGUGCCUUUAUUAAGGACCUAUUUUAGCCUCAUGUUGCCACAUAACCCACAUAAGGCUAAAUGUUUGUGUUAAGGAGAAAACUGUAGAGUGUUCAAAUUGUACCAUUCUGGGAUUAAGUUGAGAAAUGCAUUCAGUGUUUAAGCUGUUAAUGCCUGAACCUCAGCCAAUGGCCACUGUUUGCUGUUCAUAUGGUUUCAGAGGUUUAUGCAUUUAUCAAAUUAUUUCUGCACUGCUUGUAAAGUGAUCAUUUCAAAAUAAAAUUUUGAAAGACUUGA